UACAAGGUAUAUUAAGAACAUAUACAUAUCAGGAAGUAUGAAUGUACAUAUAGAAGAAAUACUAUAAAACCCCUUUUUGGAUACAGGGUAGUGGUUAUUUGAGAAAUAUUUGAAUAAAAGCAGGAAUAUACCUAGUCCUGAAAAUUAAAUACUACAAAUGGACAUAUUUGUAAAAAAAAAUAAAUAAAAAAAAUACUGUGAUUGUAAAAUGAUUUAAGUCACUGAACUUACCCUAAAAAUAAGAAUAUCAUGGUGAUUUUUUUCCUAAGAGAUGAUUGGUCACUUCCCACAUUUGGGCCCUUCUAUCUACACAAUAUGCAAUCUAUAUCCUUGGGGACUAUAAUUGUGAAUCACGUGGACGUGACCGAGAGUGUGUGUGGUGUGGGGGGUUUGUUGGAUGAGAAAUGGUCAUUUUGUAUUGACCAACAGAGCUGACCACUGCAGGACAGACACAGAGAGAGAGAGAGGGAGAGAGAGAGAGGAAAGAAAAGGAAAGAAAGACACUACUGGGAGUAAACUGGCCCACAAACAUGGCAGAAGGUAUGUUGGGAGCUUUUUUUUUGUGGGGGGGAGUUAUCUUCUUCUUCUCUUCUUUGCAUUGUUUUAAAGGUUUUUAUUCUAAGGGGGGUUUCAGUAAAGAUCCAGCCUGGUGACCCCCCACCCCCCAUCCCUCCACCUCCAGCCCUCAUUGUUUAGUGGGAAUAAGGUUGCCAGCCCCCUUUUGUUUACCUCCCUCUCCCGCUUUCCCUCUCCAUGAGCAGUUUCUGCCUUUCACCGCAUUUUGCAUGAAAGUGGCAAUCUGGGAGGAUUACCCAGUUUGAGGGCUAAAAAAAACAAAAAAACAAAAAGGAUAUACCGUAUAGCUUUGGGUGCUUAUUUUGACUCAUAAGGCAGAACUGAAGACAUGGGUUCCGUUUCUCACCAAGAAUUCCCAGGUUGAGUAACAAAAAAAUAAUUGUGUAUGAGUUGAUUAAGUUUGCUGCUGAUGCGACUGUUUCUCUGAUGAUUGCUGUGUGGAGCAUUUAAAGGCAUUGUUCACACACACACACGUGAUGAUCAAUGCAUUAAAUGCUCCUGCAAACACUUAUUUUGCACUAAACUCGUGGUUUAUUCUUUGAGAAAAAAAAAAGGUCGUGUGUUGCUCAGGUGCUUUUUUAAUGAAAUAAUCGAAAUUAAGCCAAAAUGACUCAUUUUCAUCGAUUCAUAUUGAUUGAUUGAUGAUGCAGGAAAGCGACAGAAAGGAGAAAAGAGUGUGUAAGACCGAGGAGGAUGAGGGACCGAGCACCGAGGAGGAUUGCCAGUCUUUCCUCGGAGUCGGUGUGUGUAAAUGGUUCAACGUCCGCAUGGGCUUCGGGUUCCUGUCCAUGACCGACCGGGAGGGAGUGCCACUGGACGAACCGGUUGAUGUGUUUGUCCAUCAGAGCAAGUUGCACAUGGAGGGCUUCCGCAGCCUGAAGGAAGGCGAGGCGGUCGAGUUUGCCUUCAAGAAGUCAUCAAAGGGCCUGGAGUCGCAGAGAGUUACCGGGCCAUGCGGCUGCCACUGCGUGGGCAGCGAAAGGAGACCCAAAGGAAAGAAGGUCCAGAAGAGACGCUCAAAGGGAGAUAGGUGCUACAACUGCGGAGGCCUGGACCACCACGCCAAAGAGUGCAAGUUACCACCCCAGCCCAAAAAGUGCCAUUUCUGCCAGAGCAUCGACCACAUGGUUGCCAACUGCCCAAUCAAAGCACAACAGUCCUCACCGGGCUCUCAGGGAAAACCGUCCCCCUCGAAAGGAGACGAGGAGGAGGAGCACAGCCCUUCGGCACCGCCUCCCGAGGCCUCUGAUUAAGCGAGAAAUUGGGCAACACUGACGCCGGGGGAAGCACAGAGGCCAAUCAAACUGCUUUGAUGGAGAGACGGGACACACGGAUCCCCUUCCACCUGUCGAAGCUGCUUUUGGAACUACCUCAGGUUAAGAAAAAUGCUGAUGAAGAAUGUUGCUGAAUUUUAUUUUUUUGUUUGUUUGUUUUCAGUUGGUGUAACACACACUCAGGAAUACUGCUGUAUUAUUGCACUCAGGACGCUUUCUAAAUGUUUGAAUCACUGCUGUGGCUUGAGGGCUUUGAGAUUGUAGUGAGCAAUGCCAUAUAACGGAUUAUCUUGAUGAUGAGUUUAUGUAGAAUCUGUUUUCUUUUAUGUGAUACUGUGCCUCUGUGGUGGGCAUUAUACCUCUUCUGUUUUUGUGUAAUACUCAGUUAGUGUGGAGUUACACUUUUGCUGCCUUACCAUUUAGUCUCUGACUGUUACACCUCACUAUCCGACAAGGCAGAGACGUGACAGUUGGUACCUCUGUAAUGAAUGUUAGUUUGCAUAUCGCAUGGGGAAUGGGAGGGGUUCGUGAAAACACAUGGGACGGGUUUUAGGGUAUAGCUCUAGGCAAUGUAUUGGCAUCUGCCAAUAUUGCAAUUGACCAUCCAGUUUUCCUGGGGCCAAAUGAAUGUCAGACCAAAAGUGGUUUCCAGCUUUUGGUCAGAGUUAUUGUUUAUGUCAUUUCCUUAUUUUCAUCCAGUGUUUUUGCUGGCUGUCUAAAGGUACACGGUCUACCUCUUUGGUGCAUGUUUGGUCUGAUACCAAAACUGUCACUCUAACCGCUGAUGGUAAACCCAAUAUUCUCAGAAUACGACUUUGGAGAUUGUGAUUUGAAUUGGGAUUAAAUCAAAUCCUUUUUGCACUACAGUAUUUACACAGCAUUGCCAUUAGUUGUCAUAGACCCCAUUAAAGCUAGGGUUGGUAAUGUUCUUUUUUGUUAUACUAGUUGAAAUUGUCAUUACAUCCUGACAGCAAUCAAUUAAUCAAAUGCUCUGACAAAAAAAUAUCUGGUAUCUGUGGCUGUCGCAGGACUGUAAUAAACCCGUCCAAUCAUUUUAUUCGGCUGGAAUGUAAUGAUUGCAGGCACUGUCAUUGGAAAAGAAAUCGCAACACUGGGCAUGGUUUUUCGGUUGGAUAGUUUUAAAACUAGUGUACGGUUUUUAGUUUCUCAACAUUACCAACCCCUAGCUUUAACGAGUAAUUUAACACUUUAACAAAUCGCACCCCCUCCAAUUCACACACGGGAGAGGUGUGGGGGGGAGGGUGUUUCAAAAGUUUGUCGACCACUACAGCUCCACGCUACAUCACCUUGCAUAAUGCAAAAUGCAACUGGAUGUAUUAGGACAUCCUGGUAUUUUUGGCAUACUGCAUUUGACAUACUAAGUAUUGGGACAUACUCAAUCUUCUCCAUUGCACAGAAGGUGUAGUUACUCUCUUAAGUCUCAGGGAUGGCAGCAAAACACCGUUUUUCAGCCUAGUGUUAAGUUACUCUUUAACCUUAAUGGGAACUUCUACUACGUCUACUUUCCAUCAACUGUAUAUUCUCAUUUUAUUGGCUGCUGUGUGAAAUACUGCUGCUUUAUUAAUGACCUCAACUUGGAUUUGAUAGAAUUCCAACUAAUAUGAUACUAAACCCAAUACACCAUCACUUCUUAUAAGAUACUUGACCUGGACUGAGUUACUGAGGGUUCCAGCUAGCUCUCCUCUUGAUACUUGAAUAAAAUGAGGCAGAACUAGACAUGAUGUUGCCAGUGGGAAGGCUGGUGCUUUUGUUUUAUAUCCAGUGUGAUCCAUUUCUAGGUAGUUAUUUAAGACAUUGCCUCCCUAUGACCCUUAGUAGGGUAAUAGUUCAGGAACACCAAACCUGCACAGAGGAGCAUGUAGAACUAGCUAGCUAUACAGCGUUUUACUCCCGUUUUACAGGAGACGCUGACACGACUUUUACACUCAAUUAAUAUAUAUGUAAAAUUAUUCUAAAGCCUUUUAAAUAAAAUCAUGCUACUUAUUUAUUUUCAUCCAAGAGUGCUGCCGCUUCUCCCUCUGCUCCUGUUGAAGCCUCUCAGCAAUGAAUGUUCUAGUAUCUAGUAUCAAAACACUGCCAAAUGUCAUUCAAAACUAUAUACUGUAUGACUUGAGAAUAUAUUUGGGUAACACAUUUUUAACAUCAAGGUACUCGUAUUACUUUGUGCAUAUGUGCUUGAUAAAUCACUGUCCUUAACAAUAAUCCAAUGCAGUAUAUAAUACAGUGUAAAAACAGUAAUGUAUUGCAACACUUGAGUAACUAUACAUACUGUACAGGUACAUAGUAUUAUGAGGACUGACGUAAACUGUGAGUUUUUUACUUUCGUUGCCUUGUAUGAUUUUUCUUUUUAUUCUUUAUUUUUUGUGCACAAUGAGCCUUUCAGAAGAGAGUCCCAUUGUUAUUCUUAUCUUAUCUAUGCCAAAACCAAUGCAAUGUUACUCUGCACUAAUCAUGUGUAAGAUGCAUUAAUUAAGUUUUAUAUUCAGUUUAAUCUUUUUGAAUAUAUGUUCCAUAUUUUAUAUUGUAUUUUUGAUUUUUUUUUGAUUUUCAUAUACCACAUAACAGUCCACUCCACUCUUAGGCUCAUCUCAGGAAUUGCCAAUCUGAAAUCUCAGGGAAUACUUCAGAUUGAUUGGAAGGAGUCGAGGAGUGUUUAUUCAAGACAAAGAUGUGAAUGAAGCAUAGGACAAAGCUGCCAAACUAAAAUGAGUUUGGGAAUGUCUUGGUGCAACAAUUUGUUUUUAUUUUUAAGGGGGAAAAAAACUAAGAUUAUGACCCAAAAAGCAAUGAUUACAAAUGAUGUGAAAUUGAGAUUCAUAUGCUUUUGACUCUUAUACUUUGUCAACUUUCCACCCAGUGUGAUGAUGUUCUUUAUAUUUUCCUAUUUGACAUAACUUGCCAUGAUAUGACAUGAUAUGAUAUGAAGAAAAUGUUCCACUAUUAUUGUAUUUUUUUUCCUCUAUAAUCGUUGUAGAUGGGGAUGUAGUAGAAUAUUGUUAAAGGGAUUGGGGCUAGUAGUAUAUGAUCUGGGGUUGUCUCAUCUCAACACAUGGCCGAUACUUGGUGUUUCAGACUAUCAAUGCUUAAGACAAAAAGAAUGUGUCAAGGAUGACUUACUCAAAUACUGUUUCAUACGCUGCAGUUAGGUCGUGUUUAUAUACGUUUAAUAGUAAAAAAAAAAAAAAAAAUGACUGUUUUGAUAACUUCACUCAGGAUAUGAAAUGACAGAAAGAUUGUUAAAGUGCUCUGAUUAGAUGGAAUGGUUUACUUUUCUGUGUAUUUUUAUGUUGAAUUUACCACUCAUGACACGCCAGUAUGUCCUCUAACUUGAACACUUUUCUUUCUCUCCACUUAAAAAGGGACACACAUGGAUGAUUUUUGUUAUCAAUCUCUGUGAUUAUCAUCUAUCAGACUCUUAAUCGGAUUCCGACACCCACUAUUUAGAAAAAGGUUGAAUUAAAGUGUUGUUUUGUAAUGUUUGCAAUAUUCUGCUGUACUUAGUGAUGUUUUCAAAGUAUCAUUUGGAAACUAAAGUCCACGAAAGACAUUAUGAUUGCAACAAAACCCGUUUGACCCCUAAGUGGUGUGUUAUUGUGAUUUGAUUGUCGGGUGUUAGAUGGGUCAGAUAUACCUUGAAAAUCCAAGGACUUGUAAGACUUAUGUGCUCAGGGCAACAUUUGAAGCACACCAAAGCAUUCUGUAUCACAGUUUGCAUUAAGUGUGCUUUUCAUGGUACAUCUUGUUUGUGACCAUCAGCCACUAACUGUGUGGUGUUGCGUCUUAUCAGAUAAAUGGCUAGAGCUACUUCCCAAAAAAAUGUGCAUUUAUUACUGAUGAAUGUAUCAAUGUUUACUGCCAUGAAACUACAUUUAUCUUGAUCCAUCUUAUCUUGAUUUAAUGGGUAGUUUGUCAAUGAUGAGCAGCAUGUAGGCUUUUCAAAGUAUUACUGUGAUUAAGUUUCUAUAUGUAAAGAUCUGCUCCAUUUCCUAGUAAAUAUGUCAAUAUUCA